GGUGAAUAAAAGCUGUAUUUACUCGGCUAACACAGGACCAUUUUUUGAGUUUCAUGGAUUUCUAUUGUUCUUGACCGAAUAUAAAAGUCACUACAGCAAAACACCGAAGGAAAAAAUUGCCUUUCUCACUUACAAUUUUUCUUUUCUUUUCGUUUAAAAUUACCAAAUCAAGGUCAGAGUUCAUCUGGCAAACUAGGUCCUCUGGGCGAAAACUAGUAAAGCUGAAAGUCAGUCGUGUGUAUACAAUGAAAACUGCAUAAACUUUAAGAUUCAACGAUUACACAACCUGUUAAAAUGUCUCAAAGCAGUGUAAAUGGCAUUAAAGUUGUGGGUGUCAAUGGAAACCAAUCGUCUGAUGAUGAUGUUACUUCUCCAAGCAUCUUCCAUUGGAAGUGUUACCAAGGCUACUUUAGGACAUUUCCUGCACUAAUUAAAAUUUGUGAAUUAUUGUGUGUCUUCAUAGCAUUUACCAUCAGUUUCUUGGAUAAGAAGUUUUUACUUGUGGGCGGUUCAUGGCUUACCGUGACUACUGCUUUAUCUUUCAUUGUUACUGCAUUCUUUAUUGUGUUCCAUCUCUUUCUUUUGCACCGUUUUAUUGCUGCCCCCUGGUGUUUAAUUGAGCUUAUUGCUUACGUUAUCGUAUGCAUACUAGUGUUUUCAAAUGGAGUGCUGUCUGCGGCUUAUUCUCAUUUAAGUGGGGUUAUAAUAGCAGAAACGGUAAGGAUGGAAUAUAAAAUAUUUUCCUGAGUCAGACUUUUGUGUGUUAAAUAUAUUUUUAUUGAGAUAGAAUAGGUAUGCUCCUCUGCUCUCCUCCGUUUUUAAAUUCUACUUUUGUCUCAAUAUUUGGUGAUAAUGACGAGUGGAUCAACCCUAGUACGAAACAUAUCAUCUUCUGUGGUUAAGUUUCGACAAUAAAAUCGCUCAAGAUAUUUUUAUCUUUAUGGCACUCGCUAUUUAUACGGUAGACAGUUUAGUUGCUUUCAAAAUUUUCAAAGCUGGACGCUAUUAUGACUAAAUUAUGCGAUUACAUGUUUACGUAGUCUACUAUUUGCUUGUAAUUCUAAACUUUGGUUAAUAUUAUUCUUUAAAUUUUUUUUUUUCGCUAAUCACAUUUACAAAUUUCCAGAUAAUAAAUUAAGAUAUUCCAAACAUUCAA